CGGACUGGGGGCUGCUGGAGGCUGGAGUGUGGCCCUUGCGAAGAUGGAUUAUGCCAAGUCCCUGAGCCAGCGCCUGGCUGCCCCUGUCUCCAAAUGUGUCUCAGCAAGUGCCUCCAUGACCCAGCAGCUCCUCUCCAGCCCGGCCCCACGGCCCCGGCCCUACCGCAUCUGCAACUGCGACCGCAGCCUGCGCAAGGGCAUCAUGGCAGGCAGCCUGGCUGAGCUGCUGCGCCAGGCUCAGAGCACCCUGCUUGCCCCGGGGCCCAUCUCGCUGGUGUUGGAUGAGGACGGCACCGCGGUGGAGACAGAGGCUUUCUUCCGGACGCUGCAGGAGGGCACGGUGCUGAUGGCCCUGAGCAAGGGGCAGACCUGGGCUCCCUCCAAGAUGGGGGGCUACGAGCUCAGCCUGUCCCACAAGCCCCCUCGGAAGAUCGAUGUUGCCAGUGUCACCUUCGACCUCUACAAGACCAACCCACGGGACCUGGGCUGCCUCAAUGUCAAAGCCACUCUCUAUGGCACCUACAGCAUGUCCUACGACCUGCGCUGCUAUGGGGCCAGGAGGCUGAUGAAGGAAGCCCUGCGCUGGACACUCUUCACCAUGCAGGCCACGGGCCAUGUCCUGCUGGGCACCUCCUGCUACAUGCAGCAGCUCCUGGACGCCACAGAGGAGCAGAAGGAGGUGGAGAGCAGCCCAGCGCUGCCGAGCCUGCUGCCCCGCAGCCUCCCGCCCCUGCCCUGCAGGAAGAUGCUGCAGUGAGGGCUGCACGCCCUGUCCCCCUGCUCCUGUCCCAUUCACCCCUCACCUCUGGGGGUCUCAGCACCCUGCUAGGUCAAUGCCUGGGGGGAGGCUGCCACAGUGCCUGGCCCAGCCUCUCCUUGCACUCCGCUGGCUGAGUGGGGCCAGCUCCCCUCUGCAACCUCUGCUGCUCUGUAAAUAUAUUUAUUUAAGUAAAGCUCUG